AUGGCGGCGACGGUCGACGUUGGCUACCUGGCCGCGUCCUACUCCGUCCCCGAGACGACGCUACAGUCAUUACUAUCCGAACCCACCAUAGAGCUAGUCCAGACGCUGCUCACCCAAAUCGAAGCCAAGGCACGCGCCUACGAUGACUUGCAGUCGGACAAGAUUCGCACCGAUGUCGAGCUCGAAGCAGCUAUCCAGGGCGGCGAGCAGCGCGCGCGGGUCUUGAAGGCCACGGCAGAGAAGGCGCAGAAGGAGGCCGAGGAAUUGAAGAAGAAGCUUGUCCAAGAAGAAAAUGCACGGCAAGAGGCAGAGUCGGCGCUGCACAACCUGCAGGCCACGGCUAGCAGCUCCUCGUCUGAGACGCAGGCUCUGGAGUCGCGCAUCAAGACACUCGAGUCCCAGAACCGCGACAUGAUUGCCAUGCACGAAACUAAGACGACCGCACACGACCGCCUCGCGAAGGAGCUUACCGAGCAACACCAGAAGUCCGUCGAGCUGCGCAAGCAGGUGUCCGCACUCGAGGAGAAGACACAGUCUCUUGAGAGCGCUGCCACCAAUGUCAAGUUCCGCGAGGCCAACCUGCAGCAGGAAAUUGAGCAACUCCGCAGCAACAACGACUGGUACACGACCGAACUCAAGACACGCGCCGACGACCACAGCAAAUACCGAAAGGAGAAGAAUGCGCAGAUUGCCCAGCUUCAGCGCGAGAACGCUGAUGCCGCCGAGACCAUUGAUGAACUGCGCCGUGCCGAGACACUGUUGCGACAACACAUUGAGGAGCUCAAGAGCAAGGCAGAGGAGGAUCGCUUGCGUAUCGAGGAGCUGGAGAACGCAGCAUCAGCUGCCGAGGCUCACUUCCGCAUCGAGCUCGACAGCGCACGCCGGCUGUCGACAUUGCAUCAGCAAAACAAUGAGAUGACAAAGAAACGCUUGGAGCAGCUGCAGGCGGACAGCAGCCGUGUCCAAGAGGAGGCUGCCACCGAGAUUGGGCAACUGCAGGCUGAGGUCGAGGUGGAACGCGAAAGGGCUGCCGAAGCCGAUGCGCGCACUGCUGAGCUGGAGACGCUCGUCGAGACCCUCAAGAGCGACAACUCCGAUCUUCGAAGUUCCGUCCGUGUCCCUGGAACACCACGACAUGGCAUGAGCAUGAACGGCGGCUUCAGCCCCCCAGGCAGAGCAGCUUCGCCCGCCGUCGUUUUCUCUCCUGGCGGCUCGCAGCUCAAGACCGAUGCGUCCAAGACUCAGCUACUCAUCGAGAAUAACGACCUCAAGAAGGAGCUACGCAAGGUCCGUGAGAAGCAAGAAGAGCAGACCAACGUCCUCAACGAAAUGCUACAAGAGAUGGAACGGGCCCAGCCAGAAUUUGACGAGAUUCGUCGUCAAAACGAUGCGCUCAUCGAGCAGAACAACGAAGUCUCCGCCCUUCUCGAGGAAGCUAUUGCCGAACGCGAGGCAGCACAACGGGAAUCGCGCAAGGCCUUGGGUGACCUGGAGGGCGUGCACAACGAAUCUGGUCUCCUGCGUCGCCAGGUUCAGGAUAUGACUAUCCAGCUACGUACCUUGCUGUGGCGUCGGCAAGUAGAAGAGGAUGGUCUAGGUAGUCUCACUGAGGAACAGCAGGAGUUCAUCAUCAACGCUGUCGAGAAGAACGAAGUGCCUGACAAGCACAUACCCGAAGACUCGCCUACACACAGCAUGAUCACCAAGCAUCUUAUUCUUUACAAGGACAUCGCUAGCCUCCAGCAACAAAACGCCGAGCUGACACGCACUCUUCGACAAGUGGGCGACGAACAGGAGAGGCAAGAGGUCAGAAUGAAGUCUGAGCAAUACCAACACGACAUCGAGGAGCUUGGUCGCCUGCGCUCCGUGGUUGCGGAGAAGGAAGAAGAGAUCAAGUCCCUCAACGUUCGCUCGCAAACCCUCAAGACUGAGCGCGACAUGUACAGCCGUAUAGUCAGCGGCCGAGGACAGCAAGCAUCUUUCUCCCAGUCAACGUCUGCGUUUGCACAGUCAGUGCCUGCGACCGGAGGUGCCUUGUUGCUAGAAAAUGGAUCGCAAUCCCGCGACAUUCCAGAGUACAGCAAGCUCAUCAAGGACCUUCAGUCCCACAUUGACCUGCUCAAAGAGGAGAGUGCCACUGACCGCGCCACACUCAAGGCGCAAGUCGACAACCUCACCAAGGAUAACUCACAACUUCAAAGUGAUAAGCUCCGCUUUGAGUCGCAGGUGCGUCGAGAGCAGGACCGGUAUGCUCGCCUGGAGGGAAGCAUCAAAUUGCUCCAAUCUGAGAAGGACUCGCUUCAAGAACGCUACAACAAAGUCCAGGCGACUAUGGCCCAGCAGGACGACAGGCUUGUCAAGGCCACUCAAAAUGCCGCUGAAGCCGAGGCCCGUCUGCAGAGCUUACAAGGUGAGAUGGUCCAGGUCAAGGCAUCUCAACAAAUGUCCGCGACGAUUGAAGCUCGUCUCAAAGAAAGGAACCAAGAGUUGAUGAGCGAGCGCGAUCGGUUGAGCAACAUGGUUUCUCAAAUCCAAAGCUUGCGCAAUGAAGCUGAGUUGGCUACAGCAGAGAGUCGGCGCGAGUUGCAGAACACGGUGGACAAGCUCCGGACCGACUUGCAGAGUGCCGAAAGCAAACUGGAGGAUGAAAUUGCCGAGCAUAAGAAGGCUACUGCACAGCGGGAGUACGAGCGGACUGAAGCGCAACGACGAAUUGACGAUCUUAUCGCCGCGCGCAAUAGUGCUGAGGUCAAGUCUGCGACUGCCGAAUCAACACGCCAACAGCUGGAACAACGCAUCAAGGACCUCCAGAAUCAGCUCCAGACCGCCGAGGAGCGCGUACAGGCUCUCCAGCCACAGACCAACGGCUCGAGCGAAGAGCAGGAUUCUGUCAGCCGUGAGGAACAGCUGGCCGAACAAGUUUCAGAUCUCAAGCGCAAGAUUCAGCGCAAGGAGGAGGACCUUGAAGCUGUUACUGCCCAGAUUGCUGGUUUCCAGGAUAUCGCACAGGACGCCGAAAACCGAUUACAGACUUUCGUCGAAGCCCACGAACGACUCCAGGAGCAACUCAAUCUUGCACAAGAAGAGAAGGACGCAACUAUCAGCGACCUUCAGCAGCGUGUUGAGGACAUCUCAUCUGAGCUUGCUACCAGUAGCACCGAACUCACUGAACUGAGGGGCAAGCAUGAGCAAGACACCUUGGUACUGAGGCAAGAGAAGGAAACCCUGGAGGCAGAAAUCACCCGACUCAAGAAUGACGUCGCCGACUACAAGGCCGAGGCCGAAAACCAAACACAAUACGUCAAGACCCAGGCCGACAUUGCAGAGCGUGCCCAGAAGGACUACGAGCAUGAGUUCCAGAAGCACGCCGAGAGCAUGGAGAAGCUUCGCGAGCUACGAGACCAGCACAACCAACUUCAGUCUCAGAUCACCGAGUUCAAAACACAGGCUGAAGCUGCACGAACGACACUGGAGCAAAGCCAAGACCACUGGAAGUCUACUGAGGGUCGAUAUGAGGAGCAGCUUACUGAAGCCAGACGCCGCCAUGAUGACUUGAAGCAAUACAACCAGACUUUGCUCAAGCAGUUCGACGAAUACAAGGAACAAAUCAACAGCUUAAAGAACGACCGAGGCGCUGCGGCUGGUGAGACCGGUACCGCAGAAUCCGGCUCAAGCAAUCUCCAGGAUAUUGAGACAUAUCUCCGCCGCGAGAAAGAGAUCUUGGAGGUGCAGCUCAACCUCAAGGUACAAGAGUCGAAGCGUCUGGAGCAGCAACUCACGCACGCCCAAGGCCAGCUCGACCAAACGCGAGAAAAGUUGUUGGAAGAGCAGGCCAAGGCUUCUGGUUCCCACAGCAACUCCAGCCUUGCACAUCUCAACAAGAACCUCGAAGAGCUCAAUGUUUACCGUGAGAGCAAUGCGACAUUACGAAGUGAAAACACUCGUCUUCAAGCCUCGUUCGCAGAGAAGGCUAAGGAAUUGGAAGACCUGCAGGCUCAACUAGAACCCUUGCAAAUUCGCGUAACCGAGCUUGAGGGUGAGCUAGAGCUCAACGUCGGUCACCUCAAGGCUGUCCAAGAGGACCGCGACCGUUGGCAGAAGCGCCACCAAGAUGUGCUCCAACGAUACGACCGCAUUGAUCCUAAGGAACUCGAGGAUCUCAAAAAACAGAUUGAAGACCACAAGGUUGAGCGCGAUCAGGCACUUGAGCAAGUGGCAGGCCUCAAUGAGCAGAUCACAGCCCUUACUGGCGAGGUACAAACUGCUAAUGCCGAGCGUGAUAACAUCCAGAAGUCUGAAAGGGAGAAGUUCCAAAAGAAGCACAACGAGCGCAUGAAGGUUAAGAACGACGAAAUCAGCGCGCGCACUGCUGAGCGAGACGAGGCUCAGAAGUCUGUUACAAACUUGCAGCAGGAGAUUGAACGCAUUCGACAGGAACUCACGAACGCACAAACAACGAGUGCGGGUGCUGGUCAAUCCCAGGAGCGAAUCGCGACACUCCAGAAGGAACUGGAGCAGAUCCGAACGCAGCUCGCGACCACUCAGCAAGAACUCAAUGCUGCAAGGACCGCUCGUGACGAAGCCAUUGCUCAAGCGAGUGCAUCUGCCCAAUCGACUGGCAACGCAGAAGCAGGCGAGGAAGGCCAAAUCACCGAGACAUCUGAUGCGACUGCACAGCAACUGGCACAAUUGCAGAAGCAGCUGGCUGAAGCUCAACAAAAGGCUGCAGACGCAGAGAGCAGCCGAUCAGCCACUGCAGCUCAACUGGAGAAAAUCCAAACAGAGACUGCGGCUCAGGCCGCUACCAUGGAUGAGCUUCGACAGCAGCUUUCGCAAUCCCAGCCUCAAGGUCAACAGCCCGCGACCAGCUUGGCUCCUGCCGAACCCGCGGCUGAUUCCGCUGUGGCAGCUGAUACUGAGAAGCUUAGAGAGGAGCUUGCUGCAAAGGCAGCCGAAGUCGAAGAUCUGCGGGCUCAACUUGCCAGCGCGAAAUCAGCUCAACACACCGCUGAAGGUGAGACGCAGCCAGAAGUCACGCAGAACAGCGAAGAAAUCGCAGCCAUCAAAGCUUCGUUGGAUCAACGAGAGGCUCAGUUGAAGGAGCUUGAGACGUCGCUGAAUGCCCGCGAAGCCAAGGUCGUCGCGAGAGAAGGUAAUCUAGAGAAGAUUAAGACCAAGGCCAACGAUCAGAUCAAAAAGAUUAGGGAUGAGUCCAGCCAAGAGCUCAUCAGGGUGAAGGACGCUCACCAAGUCGAGCUGGAGCGUCUACAGCAAGAACUGCAGAAAGCAGCCCCUCCACAAGACGCUCCCAAGGAAGCUACGCCAGCCGUUACUCAACCCGCACCGGAUGGCAUGGUCAACACGGAAGAUCUGCCGCGACCAACAGUCACAGACCAGCAGCUAAAGGCUUGGUUGAAGAACAACACCGGUGCUUACAGAGUAUUUGUGUCUCAAGUCAAGUCCAAUCUCCAAGGACAAAUGGCUAAGAAGGAUGAGAUGAUCAAGAAACUCGAGCAGGAGAUCCAACAACUUAAGACACAGAUCCAGGAGAAUGCCCAAAAGGUCAUCGACGGCCUUACAGGUGUCAAGCAGGAGCCUGAGCAAGCUAAGGAGGCUGGCUCAAGCGAGGACCUGGCUGCAGUCAACGCUGCAUGGGAGAAGAAGCUGAAGGAGAAGUUGGAGGAAUUGGAGGCAAAGCUGGCCAAAACACAUGAGCUCAAGUCGAAACUGAAGGAUUCGCAGCUGAAGCUCGUUAGGACGAGAUUCGGCUAUGUCGAGAAGGCCGCAAAGGAAACGCCUACAGAGGAAGUUGCAAAGGUAUACGCGAUUGCGCUACAGCAGAAGCCAGUGGAAGCUGCUAAGCCUGUACAACCUGCUACACCCGCAAAACCUGCUGCCACACAAGGUCAAGCACCGACAUCGACACCGCAGCAACAGCCAGUAGCACCCUCCACAACCAACACACCCCAGGCAAACGGCGCCAGUAACGCGCCUCCGGCUCAAGCGUCCCAACCCGCACCUUUCCAACAAUCCAACCCCCAGCCCAAUCCCUUCGCUCAAGCUGCCCCUGCUGGCCAUGGCACCAACGCAGACCCAUUCCCACGUAGCCAAAGCCAGAUGGGUCGCGGACUCCCACAGCCAGGUUUCACAGUUCAAGGUCAAGCACAGCAGCAGCAGCAGUCGGGACGCGGCCGCGGCGACGGUGUAGGAACGGGCCCUGCUGCUAUUAGAGGAGCUCUUGCAUCAAACAUCCCCCGCGGUGGUGCUGGAAGCGGCAUCCCUAUGCCUGGUGGUAGGGGACGAGGCCAAAACCAGCAACAACCUCAAACCCAACCCCAGAAUAAUCAGCAACAGAAUCAAGGUCCUAAUGCUGGAGCUGGAGCCGGUGCUUCGCAAAUUGGUCGUGGCAAUGGUCGAGGUGCGGGUCGUGGCCGUGGUCAAUCAAAUCAGAAUCAAGGAUCACCAGCAAGAGGUGGCUUGAAUCCUGGUGCGCAGGGUUUCCAGCCUGGUCAAAGCCAAGGCGGUCAGGGACAGGCUGGACGCGGACAGAAGCGUGGCGCGGAAGAUGAUAUUGGUGAAGGUGCGACGAGAGGUGGGAAGAGGGCACGAGGUGGACGUGGUGGUGCUGGCGGCGGUGGUGCUGGACAACAGCAGCAGGGUGCUGCUGAGUAA